CCCACUAGUUCGUGAUGUAUGUAUAGUUGUGAGAGUGGGUCAGGUCACCAUUCAGAGUAGCAGGCUGAUCUCUUCUGGCUUGUGUGCGCAUAUCCCGAGGCUCUCCACCCCGCGGUACAACUCCUCAUACGCAUCAGCUAUACGCCGGGACACACCCUGCCUGCACACACACACACAUCCACAUCCAUUUAGAUGGAUGAGACGACCCCGCUGACUGAUUCACUGAUUCAACUAGUUGCUUUCCUGCUCGUCCACGCAUGUCUGUCUGUCUGACCUCCCUCCCUCACUCACCUGGCCUCCGACCGCAGGCCGCGUGACGAUAUUUUCUCGACCUGACAAGGCACACGGCCAAGCAUGCAAAGCUUUCGUGCAAGAAGCCAGCCAGCCAGGCAGUGUUUCUUUCCUCCCUCGUGCACAUCACGUCAGGUGUGUGUACCAGCGGCAGAACGAAGCUGCCCAUUGUGAAGAGGGAUGUGUAGAAGCUCCGAAGGCACGACGACAGAGAUAUCGGGUGCAAAGACGGAACCGACUCUGAAACAAAAAAGCAAAGAGGGAGGGAGGGCACAUGCAGGCAGGCAGGCAGGCCAGGCGAAAGGGCCAGCCAGUCGAUUCGGAGCAUUCGACAUGGGUAGGUAAGCAUAUGCUAUGCUUAGGUACCUAGAGGUGCGUCGGGGGCUUUGUUUCUGAGGUCAGUGAGCCUCUCAGCGAAUCCGAUCUUGUCCAAUACCUCCUCCGUCUGCACCCUUAUUAAUACAUUCAUCUACACACACGCACACACGCCGACAAGGAAGGAUAAGCAUUGCAUCCAGGACUGAUUGACAGCACCAGACACUAAGUGGCUGCAGUGCAGUGAGUCCUCUUGAACCACCUGUUCCUCAAUGAGAGUGGCGAAUAGCUCCACCCACCGAACGGUGAAGUCAUGCUUGGUCAACGGCAGCUGCCACCACACACAGAGACACCCGCACAAAGCGCUGCGUCCUUCCUUCCCAUCCAGCCAUCCUCCCUGCCCGCCUGCCUGCCUGCCUUCCUUCCUGCGUAGGUGUGUAGGUGUGUGUGUACCUGCAUGUAUGAGUAUGAGUUGAUGAGGAAUACGGCUGCCCCGCCGUCGGGCAUGUGUGAUGCGAGUGUGCGGCAGAAGUUGAGGAUGGGGUUGAGGGACGCAUCCAGGAUGGGCGCAAACUCCACCUCACGCGCACACUUCUCUACCAGUGACGCCUCGUACACACACAUGAUCUCACACAACGUACCCACCUGCAGACAGACAGACAGACAGACAGACAUCCAUACACACACGGCACGGCAGGUAGAGCAGCAGUGAGGGCACCAACCAUCGAUUGGAUCACACGAGUAUACGCAGGUCACUAUGGUGGGUUAGGGUUGGGGAGGUACGCACCCACCUUCCUUCCUACCGUGUCAACGACGAAGGCUGGUGCGCUGAAUCCCGACGAUGACGACGUGUACGUGGCACUCGACGGCAACUCGUGUAGACGAAGCGCCUGAGGGACGACAGACAGGCAUACGCCACGCCCCACACGUCUUUCACUUGUUGCAAGAUGGACGCAUAAAUCUUCGCCCGUGGCCACCUGUGCCUCCCACUGGGCCAUGAAGCACUCAAAGGCAUUGGCCUGCAGCUCCUGACACACCCUGCACAGCACAACACAUCGCAUCACGAUCGUGCGUGCGACCGAUGCAGGUACAUUCGAUUAUUGAUUCAUUGGCCACCCCAUGUAGCUCUCUCUCUCUCUCUCUGCGGUGUGUGUACCUGACGAAGACGGGGACGUGUGUGGGACCAGUGGUGCCGCCUUCAUGUUUGACCUUGCCGUUGACUGCCCCCCCAGCAGGCUGAUGGUCAAUGGCAGCCGUGGCCCCAUCGUCCUUGUGGUCGGUGGUGUCUGAUGGUGGGUGUAUCAUCAUGAGGGGCUCGAGUGUCUUGGCGAAGAAGUCCAGCAGCUGCGACACCUUGUACAGGGCCACAGCGGACGGCCGCGACGAGAGCACCUGCUCCACACGAAUGGAAAACGGAUUCACCAACCCUUCACACACACACACACACACACACAGAGAGAGAGAGAGAGAGGAGAGACAGACACACACACACUGAAAGGGGCGGCUGGUGGGCGUUGGCAGUGGGGUGUGUGCUUCCCUCCCUCCCUCCCUCCCUGGGUGAGGCACCCUACCUACCCUCGAAGACGGUGUCGAGUAUGGCAUUGAUAUCGAUGGAGGGCAGCGGGUGGGACAACCCUGACCGCUCAUCUACUCCACCAAUGAAUGCAAUCAAUGCACACACACACACACACACAGACAGACAGACACCAACACGCAGACUUGGACCCCUCACAUGACACCAUUCCCUUCGCUCGCCACUCCCUCCCUCCCCUCCCCCACUCCCUCCCUCCCUCCCUACCAGCGGUCUUAUCUUCUGUGUGUGGUUGGUCGGUGGUGUCGUCAGUGGUGUCGCUCAUUUGGAAGAAAGACGACACCUCCUGGAUCUCAGACGCUGCACUCUGGUGGAUCCACGCCAACAUGUCACCCACAUACCUGACACCACAUGACAGACAUGCAUGCAUGGCACACACGCGUACGCACAACCAACUCAACACAUCCCUCUUGUGACUGCCGGCCUAGGUGGGAGGGAGCCCCAUCCGUUCGUUCACCGACUGGCUACCUGCCUGCCUGGCUAGCUGACUGACCUGACAGGGUCGUAUGCGUGCAUCUCGAUGGGUCUGCCGGGCCCGCCCUUGCUGAGUGCCGUGUGGAACCGCUGGAUGAGCACAUGCCGACGCACCUUGGCUAUGUCACGCGCACAGUGGUUGAAGUACACCGGACGCUCACGUAAGAUCCUCAGCGCCUUGCGCAGGACCACGCUCUCAUGGGCCUGGUCCACCGGAUGCGCCUGGUUGGCUGUGGCCCGGCGGCCCUCGGGCGACUCGUCCCGGUGGUUGUCAAUGUCGGGCAUGCUGCGGAGGGGGCUGGCAUCAUGGCCUGCAGUAUCGUCCUGCAGGCCGCUCAUGGCGCCCAUGAGGCGGUACUUCUGCUGCACCCACACAAAGAGCCGCUCGUAGGCCACCUCCAAGAUCUCGGAUGUCUCGUGCAGCACAUCCACGCCUGCCGUGUGCUGCCGACUGGACGCCAGGAGCACACGGGCGUUGUCGCGGAUGGCCUCGAGGCUGUGGAGUGCGGCAAAGAAGUGCGAGUCGAUGGGCAGGUCUGUGUUGGUGAUGGUCUCCAUCUGUUGGUCGGACAGCUUGAACUUGAUCAGGAAUGUGUCCAGGAGCUUCUGCUUGUGCUGCAGGGUGGCCCGCUGCUCCCGCAGCCUGUUGGCCUGCUCCAGAGUGGCCUCGGUCUUGAGUCGUGAGUGCCGCAGCUCAUCCGCUGACUUGUCACACGCCGCCUGCAGCGUGUUGACCACCGCCUCGAUGCCCCGCACGGCACACUCAACCUUGGCAAACUCCUCCAGGAACGAACGAUGCAGACGCACACUCUUGGCCUCUGAUUGAUUCAUCAUACACAUCACAUACAUACAUACAUGUAUGUGUAAUGGAAUACAAACACCAUGGACAGGCGGGUGGACAGACGGAUAGAUCCAUCGUCAGUGAGUCAACACAACACAGACACACACGACUGUCUGCCUACCGAUGUCGUGUCGAAGUCCCUUCCCUGCGCCAGUCAGACACCACACAAGCAGACGAUACGACAGUGUGUGGCUGCUGGGCCAGCGGCUUCUUAUCUGUUCCUUGCUUGUCGUUAGUUACUUGAUCUUGAAGUGUUCUCUGCGAGUCCUCCGAAGCUUGCCAGUGCAUCGAUCGCCGCAUUGUGGUCGCUCAAUGUGGACGCCAACUUGGCCAGCUUGUUGCUGCUGCUGCUGCUGCUGCUACUGCCGCCGCUCAUCUUGCCAAAAAAAGGAAGGUUCCCUUUUGC